GAGCCGUGCCGCUCCGCUCGCCCGGGCCCCGCCGAGGCCGCUGCGCCCCCGCCUCCUCGCGGGAGGACUCACUCCAAACUCCCUGAACUUCGGGGACAGUCCCCCGAAGCGGCGAAACUCUCAGGGUUGGCAGCCCUGCCCAGGGAUCCCCAUCCCGGGCGGCGCUCCGGACGCCCUCUCCUCACCGCGGCCCCGCAGACACGUGCCUGGACUCCGAGGGCUUCUGGAGCCCCCGGCCCGGCCAAGAUGCUCAUGAGGAAAGUGCCCGGCUUCGUCCCGGCCUCCCCGUGGGGGCUGCGGCUGCCGCAGAAGUUCCUCUUCCUCCUCUUCCUCUCGGGCCUCGUCACCCUGUGCUUCGGGGCCCUCUUCCUGCUGCCCCACUCCUCUCGCCUCAAGCGCCUCUUCCUGGCCCCCCGGACCCAGCAGCCUGGCCUGGAGGUGGUGGCCGAAAUCGCCGGCCAUGCCCCAGCCCGCGAGCAGGAGCCGCCUCCCAACCCGGCCCCUGCCGCGCCGGCCCCGGGCGAGGAUGACCCCAGCAGCCGGGCCAGUCCCCGCCGCAGGAAAGGGGGGCUGCGGCGCACCCGCCCCACCGGGCCCCGCGAGGAGGCCACGGCGGCCCGGGGCAAUAGCAUCCCGGCCUCCAGGCCCGGGGACGAGGGCGUCUCUUUCCGCUUUGACUUCAACGCAUUCCGGAGCCGCCUCCGCCACCCGGUCCUGGGAAUGAGGGCCGAUGAGAGUCAGGAGCCCCAGAGCCGAGUGCGAGCCCAGCGGGAGAAAGUCAAGGAGAUGAUGCAGUUUGCUUGGCAGAGCUAUAAGCGUUAUGCAAUGGGGAAAAACGAACUCCGUCCACUAACGAAAGACGGCUACGAGGGUAACAUGUUCGGAGGCCUCAGUGGGGCGACGGUCAUUGACUCCCUCGACACCCUCUACCUCAUGGAGCUGAAAGAGGAGUUCCAGGAGGCCAAGGCCUGGGUGGAAGAGAGCUUCCACCUGAAUGUGAGCGGAGAAGCAUCCUUGUUUGAGGUGAACAUCCGCUACAUCGGGGGACUCCUCUCAGCCUUCUACCUGACAGGAGAAGAGGUGUUCCGAAUAAAGGCCAUCAGGCUGGGAGAGAAGCUCCUGCCGGCGUUCAACACCCCCACGGGAAUCCCAAAGGGCGUGGUGAGCUUCAAAAGCGGGAGCUGGGGCUGGGCCACGGCCGGCAGCAGCAGCAUCUUGGCGGAGUUUGGAUCCCUGCACUUGGAAUUCUUACACCUCACCGAGCUCUCUGGCAACCAGGUCUUCGCUGAAAAGGUCAGGAACAUCCGCAAGGUCCUCAGGAAGAUCGAAAAGCCCUUUGGCCUCUACCCCAACUUCCUCAGCCCAGUGAGUGGGAACUGGGUGCAACACCACGUCUCGGUUGGAGGACUCGGGGACAGUUUUUAUGAAUAUUUGAUCAAAUCCUGGUUGAUGUCGGGCAAGACAGAUAUGGAGGCUAAAAAUAUGUACUACGAAGCCUUGGAGGCGAUAGAGACCUACUUGCUGAAUGUCUCUCCCGGGGGGCUGACCUACAUCGCCGAGUGGCGAGGGGGGAUUCUGGACCACAAGAUGGGGCACCUGGCCUGUUUCUCCGGGGGCAUGAUCGCCCUUGGCGCCGAGGAUGCCAAGGAAGAAAAGAGGGCCCACUACCGAGAGCUCGCAGCCCAGAUCACCAAGACGUGCCACGAGUCAUACGCCCGCUCAGACACCAAACUCGGGCCCGAGGCCUUCUGGUUUAACUCCGGCAGAGAGGCCAUAGCCACCCAGCUGAGCGAGAGCUACUACAUCCUCCGGCCAGAGGUGGUGGAGAGCUACAUGUACCUGUGGCGACAGACCCACAACCCCAUCUACAGGGAGUGGGGCUGGGAGGUGGUGCUGGCCUUGGAGAAAUACUGUCGGACAGAAGCUGGUUUCUCCGGGAUCCAAGACGUGUACAGUAGCACCCCCAGCCACGACAACAAGCAGCAGAGCUUCUUUCUCGCGGAGACACUAAAGAGGGCCCUUGCAGGUGGAGAAAUAUCAUCCUUUUGGCAACUUAACUCUAUUCCACGGAUAAAAAUAAGUACGACUCAAGAUAGGCCGAGAGGAAAGAGGAAUUAAGGGAUGACUCAUCCUCACUGAAGGUAGGAGAGAGCUUCACAAGCCACAGAAUCUGAACACCCAAACCUCUCACUGAAGAGCCCUCUCCUUCCCCAGCUGGGGGUCAGUGCGCAGCUGCCAGGCUCAUUUUAAGCCUUGUCUGUGCCCUCGCUGAGGAUGGAAGUACCGAUUGCACCUGCUUCCCUCAUAGAAGGGCGUGAUGUCGGCUCCUUCCCAGAAAGCUUCAUCAACACCCAGCUCCUGGCACUGAGGUCGGCAGAGCCUCACGGCCCCGGGAAGGGGGAAGUGGGGGCACAGUCCUUUUCUACGUGCCUCCCUUUAAAUGACUGGCCAUUUGGUCAGACCGGCCAAAGGCGUUGGGAAGAAAAGCAAAAAUGGAAAAUCUGAUUUAAAGGCAGCAUCCAAGAUGUGAUUCUCAGUUCCAUUCCCUCUGCUUUGAGGAGGUGACCCCACUGUGGUUUGAGAAAGUGCCAGAGAUGAAUGGGCCAGCUUCCCCCAGCGUUUCCCCUGGGGGCCUGUCCUUGCAAGUAUGGUCAUUGGUCAUGUGGCACAGAGAUGCUCGGCCCUCUGUGACUAAUGCUUAAUUACACCCUACUGGAGGAGGGGGUGCUGAUUCUAUUUUUCGUAUCUGAAAAUAUCAGUUUGGUUUUCUAUAUUUGGAGCAUGAUUUUGUUCCUGCUCAGCCUGCCUGUUAAGUCGGAGCUUCUCAAACUUGAACAUGCACAGGAAUCACCUGGGAGCUUGUUAAAAUCCAGGUUCAUGUUCAGCGGCUGUAGCAUGGAGCCUGAGAUUCUGCCUUUUUUUUUUUUUUU